CCCAAACGAGAGAAAUGACUGCAGAAAAUUAUGACAACACAGAGAGGGUCGUGCAGCGACCACCUAACCAGCCUCCUCAGUUUGGAGAGUUUCAAGAUGAAGCGCCGGGUAGAACUGGACUGACAAACCUAAGCACACUGUACCGAACCCUGCAGCAUACUUACAACAAGGCCAAUCAAGCCUUUCACGCGAACUGGAUCCUGGCCAACAAUUACCAUGACGUCCCACCUGGUCAAUCCCCACAGCUGACUUCUGGGGCCACCGUUCAUAAAUGUCAGGACAACUACACUCAGGCGAUGCAAGCGAUACAGGGUGAGCCUCGGUGCAUGAAUGCCAACCCGUGUCGUUUUAAGGUUGGUGUUCCUGAGUGCGUCGAUGGAGAAAUGAACCAGGUAUUUCAACAGGUGAACAGCGGCCAAACGAAGCCGUCACGGGAGGACUUUCAGAAGACGCAUUCGGACACGAAGGGUUUC